CCCCGCCUUGCAGCAGGUUAAGAGCCCCCCCAGGACCCGGAGCUCGGGACAGAAGCGCACUCGUGGGGGGGCCAGCCCGUCUGGUUGUCAUGGCGACGGCGCGGUUGGCCUGGGCCCUGCGGGCCACCUCUGCGGGAGGAAGGCUGCGCGGUCCCCGAAGCACCGGGGACGCCCGGAGACUGAGCGGCAGCACACGACGGCGGGCGGCCAGGGGCGCCAGCCCGGGGCGCCGGCUCAGCACCGCCUGGGCGCCCGCCCAGCCGGUACGAGAAGGGACCGAGGGCGCCGAGGACGACACCCACGCGCCUGCCGCGGAGGAGCCGGAGUGGCCGCCGCCCCCCGCGCCCCCGGUCCCCCCCGAGCCCCUCGAGCCCCCCGGGCCCCCGGCAGGCCGCUCGCUGGUGCAGCGGGACAUCCAGGCCUUUCUGAACCAGUGCGGAGCCAGCCCCGGGGAGGCGCGCCACUGGCUCACGCAGUUCCAGACCUGCUACCACUCCGCGGACAAGCCCUUCGCCGUCAUCGAGGUGGACGAGGAGGUACUCAAGUGCAGUCGGGCCGUAUCCAGCCUGGCCUUCGCCCUGGCAUUCCUGCAGCGCAUGGACAUGAAGCCACUGGUAGUCCUCGGGCUGCCGGCUCCCACCGCGCCCUCCGGCUGCCUUUCCUUCUGGGAGGCCAAGGCACAACUUGCCCAGCACUGCAAGGUGCUGGUGGAUGAGCUGCGGCACAACGCUGCCACUGCCGUGCCUUUUUUUGGUGGUGGGUCGGUGCUGGGAGCUGCUGAGCCAGCCCCUCAUGCCAGCUACGGUGGCAUCGUCUCAGUGGAGACCGACCUGCUACAGUGGUGCCUGGAGUCGGGCAGCAUUCCCAUCUUGUGCCCCAUCGGGGAGACGACCGCACGCCGUUCGGUGCUCCUCGACUCGCUGGAGGUGACCGCGGCUCUAGCCAAGGCGCUGCAGCCUACCAAAAUCAUCUUCCUCAAUACCACCGGAGGCCUGCACGAUGGCACUCAAAAGGUCCUGAGUAAUGUGAACCUGCCCGCUGAUCUGGACCUGGUGACCAAUGCCGAGUGGGUGAGCACCAAGGAACGGCAGCAGAUGCGGCUCAUUGUGGACGUGCUCAGCCGCCUGCCCCACCACUCCUCGGCCGUCAUCACCUCCGCCAGCACGCUGCUCACCGAGCUCUUCAGCAACAAGGGGUCCGGGACCCUGUUCAAGAACGCCGAGCGGAUGCUGCGGGUGCGAAGCCUAGACAGCCUGGACCAGGGCCGCCUAGUGAACCUGGUCAACGCCAGCUUCGGCAAGAAGCUCCGGGAUGACUACUUGGCUUCGCUGCGCCCCCGGCUGCACUCAGUCUACGUCUCUGAGGGGUACAACGCGGCCGCCAUUCUGACCACAGAGCCCGUCCUGGGGGGCACCCCGUAUCUAGACAAAUUUGUGGUGAGCUCCAGCCGCCAGGGCCAAGGCUCUGGCCAGAUGCUGUGGGAGUGCCUGCGGCGGGACCUGCAGACGCUUUUCUGGCGCUCCCGGGUCACUAACCCCAUCAAUCCCUGGUACUUCAAACACAGUGAUGGCAGCUUCUCCAACAAGCAGUGGAUCUUCUUCUGGUUUGGUCUGGCCGAUAUCCGGGACUCUUACGAGCUGGUCAACCAUGCCAAGGGACUGCCGGACUCCUUCUGCAAGCCAGCUUCUGACCCAGGCAGCUGACCCUCACCACCAACCUGCAGGCCCUGGGACAACCAGGUGAACCAAAAGCCAUGCCUGCUGGAGGAGCUCCCAAGCAGCCACAGGCUGGACCAGGCUUGAUGGCUAAGUGAUCUGCAGAGGAGGAAGCAACCCCUACUCUACUCUGUCCAGAGGGGGAUGCCCAAAUGGGCACAAGCACAGGAAGAAGGGUGUGCCAAGACACACCCCCACCCCCCAUCACUGGCUCCAAAGCUAUAACCAGAUGGCCUUCAAUUUUCAGUCUAGGGAUUUGGGAGGUGAGGGUGGGGGGCUGGCCUUCUAGGGCUCUACUCAGGGCUAACCUUAAAGGUGGGCCAGUUUCUGUGGUCUCUGUGCUGUUUCAAGGCUCCCUUGCUCAAAAGACCACCCCCCAUUUGCUUGAUAUUCCACCACGUAUUUUAAUUCCUUCGGGUCUUACAACUUUUCAGGAGGCCUUGAUUAAAACACAAAUACUUGUCUGAGAGUCAGCUCACACUUAAGAAGAAAUGAGCAGUGCCCUUCUGGGAGCAAGAUCUUGAGGGCUGGAGAACCAGGGGACUCCUAGAGGGAAGAGAAGAGCUAAAAGAGAUGGGAGUGCCCCAAAGAUGUAUGUUGUCACUGUCUCCCUCACCUAGGUGUCAGCAGCCCCCGGAGGGGCUCCCCUCCAUCCCCCAGUCAGACCAAUAGCAAUUCCAGCUCUUUCCAACCCAGACCCAGACUUGGAUGUUUCCCUCUAGACCCCACUGGAAGCUGUCACCAUCUGCGGGAACAGAAUAUCUCAGCAGGUGGGAGUCCAAAGCCAGAGAUUUCGUUUCGCAUUUUUGACUCCCACCAUGUGCCAUGCCCAUACUGCCUGCUGGGCUAUUUUCAAUCAGGAGGUACAUGGACAAGUAGGGAGAGGACCACCAUGGCACAGCAGAGCCACACCAGAACAGACCCAUGAGCAGCCUCUGACUUCCUCAGGAGAGGGGUGACACAGCUGUGCGUGGGCAUUAGACAGGUCCGACCUGGAAUCCAGCUGUGGCUGUGGCUGUAUUUGCUAUGUGGCUUGAAGUAAGCUGCUCGCCUUCUCUGAGCUUCCAUUUCCUCAUCUGUAAGAUGUAAAACCCUCACAGUGAACACUUAACAUUAGUUCUCCCCACUAGCUGCCCUCACCAAAGGUUUCUUCCAAAAAAUCAGGAGGAGAAAAGGGGAGAAAAAGGCUAAGACACAGGAACUGGGGACAGAUCAAAAGCAAACUAUAGGGAGGAUCCUGACUAGAGAGCCAAAGGCCUGUGGGAA